UCUAAGCUCCGCCUUCUCCUCAACUUUGUUGACUGCGGCGGAAACGCGCCAGAUCACUCAGCAUCUUUGUAAAAGACAUGACUAGACUAAACGGACAGAGAAUGGAUGCAAACGUCGUGGUACUCGGCACAGACAAUGUUGGAAAAUCUGCACUUAUUGUCCGAUUCCUGACACGUAGAUUCAUCGGGGAAUAUGGGGAUAUUGAGUUCCUUUACACUCACAAUGUUGUUGUGGAUGGACGAGUGCAAACUCUGAAUAUCUGGGAUGCACCAUAUUCACAGGACCUGUCCUCUGAGUCCUUGAUGUGUGAGAAAAGAGUCCAGUGGGCAGAUGGCUUUGUGCUGGUCUACAGCAUCUGUGACCGGUCCAGUUUCAACGCUGUCUCCAGACUCAUUCAAAUAAUCAAAUCCACUAAGGACUUUCUGGGCUUUGAGAAGAUGCCUAUAAUUAUUGUGGGAAACAAGAGGGACCUGCACCAUCGCCGUACGGUCCUCAGCGAAGAGGGCAGACUGCUUGCGCUGUCUGCAGACUGUCAGUUUUAUGAGGUUUCAGCUGCUGAGAACUACCACAGUGUCCUCAUGGUUUUCCAUGGGCUGAUGGAUCGAAUCAGGGAGUCCAGGGUGUCUGUGAAAAAGUUAGCAGGCAUCAAGGGCAUUGUGAAGAGCAUGUCUGCAGUGUUUACCCGCAGGCGCACAGAUUCGCUGUGAAGGUGAUGGGAGCUCUGGAAAUAAAGCGUAUGUGGUCUGAUAUGACCUAUUUUAGAUCCAUUGAGAGGGACGAGCCAUUGCUGUGGCUUUCAUGAGAGUCUGGGAUCUCUCAUGUGACUACAGCUGGAUCUGGGGGCAACUAAGAGACAGCCCUAGUAUGUCUGCUAAGGUGAUGGCUUCAAUUGAGAACAUAUUGAAAUCAGAGAGUUCUCAAUAAAAUGCUUAAGAUGCUAUGUGGCAGCAGAUUGUAUCAAUCAUAAGUGGAGUGAAUAUUCAACUGCAUGAAGAAAAACAUGUAUUUUAACCUCCUCUGCUUUCUUAAAAAAUGAAAAUUUGCUAAAAAUUUACUCACCCACAGGCUAUCAGUUUGUUUCUUUGUCUGAACAUAUUUGAAGAAAUUUAGUGUUACAUCAUUUGCUUACCAAUUGUUCCUCUGCAGUGAAUGGGUGCCAUCAGAAUGAGAGUCCAAACAGCUGAUAAAAACACUACAAUAAUCCACAAGUUAUCAACACAAACAACUGCUUCUAAACUGUACUUGAUCUGUGCAUAUUUCUCUCGAAUCAGAUGAGAGGAUUUUUACACUGGAGAAAACUAUUAUGGAUAGAGGACUCAUAUUUUAGCCUGAAGGAAUGGUUUUGACAUUAAAAUGUCUUGAUGCAGUUUUUAUUAUAAACUUGCAGCAUUUCACUUCACAAGAUCUGAAUUGAUGGCUGCAGUCAUGUUGAUUAUUUAUGGAUUAUUGUGAUGUUUUUAUCAGCUGUUUGAACUCUCAUUCUGAUGGUACCCAUUCACUAUAGAGAUCCAGUUAUGACCAAAUGAUUUAAUGCUUAAUUUCUCCAAAUCUGUUCAGAUUAAGGAACAAAGUCAUCUAUAUCUUGGCCCAAGCAUUAGUAAAUUUUCAGCAAACUAUUCCUUUUUGAACAGGAAAGAUGUCAGUGCUUCUGCAAAUAAUCAUGAAUGUUGGAAUAAGAUAAACA